GUGUCCGGCCGUCCGACGGGAGGAUACACUGGGCUCCCCAGCCUGGGCGGCAUCUACUACUACCUGUACGGCGGCGCCUACAGCGGCUUCAGCGGAGCGGAGGGGGAGGGAGCUCAGCAGCUUGACCAGCAUUUCUACCUACUGAAGCUGCCCAUCGCGAGGGCAGCGAUGGCCGUGGGAGGGUGUCUUCUGGUCUUACCUUGUGUUCUUGUCUUGGUUGGUGUCCUACGGCUGGCAUCAUGGCUGCUAAUUGAGUGUGCCGUGAACAUAGCGAUCGCAGUGGGCACAGUGCCCGCGCUGUACUAUUUCUUCCAUUCUCUGAUGGAGGUUUAUAAUUCAUCGGUGUGCAAAGAGAGAGAGCAGCUUUAUCAGAGCAAAGGCUAUCAAGGGUUCUGGUGCAGCCUGCACGGGGCAGAGAUUGCUGCUGGCCUCCUGGGCUGCGUGGCUGCCGUGGCAUACCUGCUCAGUGCAGGCCUCGCUGCCAAGGGGUACAAGAUGGUUCACGAACGGAAACAGAAGCCAGUACAAUUAUAA